AUGAGCAGCUUUGCAAGGCGCAAUGAAGGGAAUGAUGCCUACCUCAUGAAUCACCACAUGGCAGUACCUAGCUCAUAUGGUCAACCAGAGAGUCAUGAUUUCAAGCAGGAGAAUCAUGAUUUUAAUACACAUGGAUCUGGCUCAUAUCAGUUCCCUCAUCAUUCCUUCAAUCCAUAUGGGUCUCAAUUCGGGCAGCCAUAUGGCACACAGUCGAGCCUGUCUCCGGGGUUGCAGCAUUUGCAAUAUACACCAGAGCAUUCCAUCCCAUCAAUGACAACUCCGGAUGACCCCAGGCUACAUCAUCCACCGCAGUUCAUGUCGCAGUCUCGUUAUCUUCAAGGGCCGAGGUAUCACCCGCGCGACCCGCUGGUUGAAAUAGAGAUCGAGAGCCAAGAAUCUCUCAACGAGGCCACAUUGCUGUCAGAGGCUCUAGUGCCUGCACCCAGCGGUUUCCCCGAUGUGAAAGAGUUUGAUCAGCUGAUGCAGAGCUACGUCAAGGAUUUGUCCACCAAGAAACAAGAUAAAGCAUUGAUAUACGCGAAAAGGGCUCGUAACAUUCGAUCUGUGCUGGUUGACCCCAAAGACACUGCAGUGGAGUCCGCCCAAUUUCGAUGUAAGUCUCUUGGUUCCAAUAUUCUUAUUGCCCAUCAAAUCAAUGCUGAUGAAGUGUUCUAUCGCAACGUGCAGCACCGGAAGAUGAUCUGUCAUGAGGGAAAGCCGGUUGCCAUUCGGGAAAAGUUGUUCAAAAUCCUCAUCAAGGCUCAUCAGCAAUGCCAGCACGGUGGUCGAGACAAGACAUCUGCUCAGGUCCGGCGAAUCUAUUCAUGGGUUCCUAAGGAGCUAAUCUCGCGGUUCGUCAAGAUCUGUCCAACCUGCCAAGUGCGUCGUGGAGGAUCACGCUUGACGCCCCCCAAUUCACGAAAAAGUUCACCCAGACUGGAGAUGAUCCCUCGAUCCCCAAAGCUCCCAUCCCCACCAAACUCACGACGAGAAUCUACCUUUGGUCAGGUGCCCAUUGACAGAAACCAGCCAGACUACUUUAGUCAUCUGGGCCACAAUGGCUGGCUGGAUAGUCAACAAAACGUGCAGAGUCGUUCAACCCUGAGUAACGGGGUUCGGUCAUUCCAGGGGCCCAUGGGAAAUCUCUCACAUUCGAUUACUGGCACCCUGGAUCCUUUCUCUGCCGACUUGUCGAUUCCUCCCUCCCAGUUGAGUUAUACCACGGGUUACGUACCGACACAUGGGUCGACGUCUCGAGAAUAUUGA